AUGUCUCUGGCACAAACUGCACCUUCGGCAAGCGGUGCCUUCGAUAGCAUACCCAUUAUUGACAUAGGACAUGCGUCAACACUUGAAGAGCGGGCUGCGUUGGCUCGGCAGAUAAGGGACGCGUGCACGAAUGUCGGGUUCUUCUACAUUAAAAAUCAUGGUGUACCUGAAGAGACAAUCGACAAGGCGCUUUCGGCCAUGAAAGCUUUCUUUUCUCUCUCAACUGAGGCGAAGAUGAAGAGUAAGCUUCACCACCGACAAGGCGCGCAUUACAGAGGAUAUGAGCCCCUUCUAGAUUCCAACAUCAACCCAACGAACAAAGGUGAUCUGUACGAAAGCUUCAUGAUCGGUUGGGAAAAACUGGUACCAGAAGAAAAUGUUGGCGAUACUCCGGCAGUUGCGAACCGAUGGCCCUCGGAACCCGCUGGGUUCCGUGAAGCCUUCCUCGAUUACUACCAUGCAACUUUGGGUGUCGCAAAGGGUUUUCAGCUCAGGCAUAACCCAAUGAUGCGGGGUCUUCAUUAUCCCCCUCAAACAGGUCCCGAAGACGAGCGCAUCAUGGGAAUCGGUGCCCACUCAGAUUUCGAGUGUUUCACUAUCUUAUGGCAAGAACCUGGUAUCCAGGCCCUCCAGAUCCUAAACUCGGAGAAGCAAUGGAUAAAUGCCACCCCGGUUCCCGGUACUCUGGUCAUCAAUAUCGCCGACCUGCUUUCGCGAUGGACGAAUGACGUAUUUAGGUCGACCGUGCACAGAGCUAUUAACAGGAGCGGUUUCAGCCGUUAUUCUAUCCCGAUGUUCAUCGGUGCAAAUUCCGACGUCGUCGUCGAGCCCAUACCGAGCUUGUGUAUCUCCUGA